GUUUCGCAUUCAUUAGGUGUGUAUUGAAGCAGAGCAGUAGAUCAUCACCAUGGGUCUGUUGUCUGACCCGAAUCGCAGAAAAGCCCUGACCAACCUCUUGACCCGCCUCAACACACCCAUAUGUAUGGUGUGCUACCUGGCGGCCAUAGUGUGGUUCAUGGGCCUGGCGUUCGAGCCCUUCACGCUGCGCACGUACAUGUCGGAGAACGCCAUGGGCUCCACCAUGGUGGAGGAGCGCUUCUCCGCUGGGGAGCGAGCGCUGGCCACUGCCAAGGAGUUCGGCGCUCACAAGAGGAAGGCAGGAGGGAUGCCGGUGGACUGGUUAGUGAAGACGAUGCAGGCUCGAGGACUGGAGGUGUUCACCCAGAGCUUCUCCCGCAAGCUGCCGUUCCCCGACGAGAACAAGGAAAGAUAUAUGGUUCGAGGCACGAAUGUGUACGGGAUCCUGCGCGCUCCUCGAGCUCCUCGCACAGAGGCGCUCGUCAUCAGCGCCCCCUGCAGUCCCGGACACAGCAACAACCAGGCGGUCGGCCUCCUGCUGGCGCUCGCGCAGUACUUCAGGAACCAGGUUUACUGGGCCAAAGACAUCAUCUUCCUGGUGAACGAGCACGAUCUGAUCGGCAUGCAGGCCUGGCUGGAGGGAUACCACCACACCAACAUUACAGGGAUGGAGUACUCGCCCCUGCAGGGCCGCGCCGGGUCGAUUCAAGCCGCCCUCUCGCUGGAGCUCAGCAGUGACGUCAUCACCAGCCUGGACCUGGUCCUGGAGGGGCUCAACGGGCAGCUGCCCAACCUGGACCUGGCCAACCUCUUCUACGCCUUCUGCCAGAAGCUGGGAGUGCUCUGCACCAUCCAGGGGAAGCUCCAGAGGAACGACUGGGACACGGCGGAGGGCUACACGCACGCGGCUCAGACCAUGAUGCUGAUGGUGCUGAAGCAGGCGUGUGGACGCUCGUGGGGCGAUCACGGCCUCUUCCUGCGAUACCACAUCGAAGCCGCCUCUAUCCGGGGCAUCAACAGUUUCAGACACUACAAGAUGGAUGCCACCACCAUUGGCAGAUUGUUGGAGGGAAUGGCCCGUAAACUGAACAAUCUCCUGGAGCGUCUUCAUCAGUCAUAUUUCUUCUACCUCUUGCCUUCUCUCUCUCGGUUUGUGUCCAUUGGCUACUAUAUGCCGGCGUUUGGCCUCCUGGCUGUCAUCUUACUGCUUCGAGCGCUGGAUCUCUGGGUUCAUCUGGGAACGCCGGAUCUGGCCGCGGUCGAUGGAGUCAGUGAAGCAGAGCGACCGCCGGGUCCGGGCGUGUUGUCAGUGUUGACCCCAGUGGUGAUAAGUCACCUGACCGGUGUGGCGCUGUACCUGCUACCUGUUCAUCUGCAGGAGAUCGCUGUCGAGCACUUCCCUGUGUCUGAGACCGAAGCUGUGGUGCUCACUGCUAUUGCCAUCUAUACCGCAGGCCUAGCCCUGCCACACAACACACAACGGUUGUUGUCUGGAGAGGGAACCGAGCAGGGCUGGAAAGUGCUGAAACUGACCGCUUUGCUCUAUCUAGCAGCGCUGUUGGGCUGCACGGCCCUCAUCAACUUCUCUCUGGGCUUCAUCUUGGCUGUCACACUGGUGCCCAUCACCGCCAGCAUCACGCCACACAUGCCCAAAGCUCUGAGUGCUGUGGUGAUGGUGCUGCUCAGUCCUGCCUUCACCAUCCUCUACUGCGUCUUCAUCUACCAGGAGCUCAUCGAGGAGCCCGUCAGCAUCAACGAGGGCUGGAUGCUGUUCCUCUCGGUCAUCUCGCAGGGCAUUCUGGACCACGCGCUGUACGGCUCGCUCGUGUACCCGCUGCUGGCCCUGUUCGUGUACCCCUGCUGGCUGAUGUUCUGGAACAUCCUCUUCUGGAAGUAACCAGCUUGUGCUGGAGCGGUUUCAGAACAAUCACACGUUGUGCCAAUCGCAAGGAUUCGCUGUCCGUCUGUG